GCUUUGAACUUUUGAGAGGGAAAUUGAAGUGGGUUGUCACCUUUGGAGGGAGCAGAACAAAGAGUGCACGGCGGUGAAGGCGAUUAUGGCAGUGAAGGCGACAACGGCGGCGAAGGCUCCACUGUAAGCAGCGAAGGCUUGUUGGUUAGCUCCUGAAGCUAUUUGAAGUGUUUGUUUGUGAGUUUCUUUCGGAAUUCGACAUUUAGGGUUCUAAGCUCUUGUUUUGUGUUACUUUGGUUAGGUAAUGGAAAGUAAUGUACAAUCCGGUGAAAAUGGAGAGGAAGAAGCCCAUGUCAGUUUAGGUAACAAUGGGCAUGAAUUAUCUGAGGAAAAUGGUGGUUCUACUGGAGUGGAGGAUGAGGACGAUGAUGGUGCUGUGUAUGAGAAGAGCAUAUUAGAUUUGACAGAAGAUGAUAUAAUGGGUAUGGAAUUUGAUUCUGAAGAGGAUGCGAUUAAGUUCUAUGAAAGAUAUGGUCAGUGUUAUGGUUUUGGUGUAAGGAAAGACAAUGUCUAUCGUUCUGCUAACGGUUACAUUGUUACUCGUCAACUGGUAUGCAGCAAAGAGGGGGUGAGGCAUAGAAAAUACGUGCAGCGGAGGGACCGGGUUAGAGUUUCAAAAGGAAUUACCAGGGUGUCAUGUCCAGCUCGCUUCCGUGUUCGCUUUGAAAGCAACUCAGGUAAGUGGAAAGUUGCUUACUUUGUCAAGAAUCACAACCAUGUUCUGGCACCUGUGGAUAAAGUCCACUUGAUUUCUUCCUUUCGGCACCUCAAUGAUUCUGACAAGGCUCAGAUUAAUAGCCUAAAGCUACAUGGGGUGAGGACUUGCAACAUAAUGGGCUUGAUGCUGGGGCAGAAAGGUAGUCAUGAGGCAUUGGGUUUUACGAAGAAGGAUUUGUUCAAUCACAUUGAUAAGGAUAAGCGGAUAAGGGUAGGAAACGGAGAUGCAGUAGCUGCUUUGUCAUAUUUUCAGGCCAAGGCUGAGGGUGAUCCAAUGUUUUUCUCCAAGUAUACUAAAACUGAAGAUGAAAAUCUCAAAGACUUAUUUUGGAGUGAUGGAGUGAGCAGAGUGGAUUACCAUGCUUUUGGCGAUGUAAUUGCCUUUGACAGCACCUAUAAGAGGAACAAGUAUAAUAAGCCUCUUGUGAUUUUCUGUGGCUACAAUCAUCAUGGGCAGACAACAGUUUUUGCUUGUGCUUUGGUUACGGAUGAGUCGAUCGAGACUUAUAAGUGGGUUUUGGAGACAUUUGCUGAGUGUAUGUUUCAGAAGCACCCGAAAGGUGUUGUUACAGAUAGUGAUUUAUCAAUGAAAGAAGCAAUAAGUUGUGUCUUUCCUAAUGCUCGUCACAGGUUGUGUGGUUGGCAUAUUCAACAAAAAGCGCUACAGAAACUUAAGAAUUCAGACUUUUUGGAUGAUUUUAAAGUUCUGAUUUAUGGCAACUUCAAUCCGGAUAGAUUUGACCGUGUUUGGGCUAAGGUUAUGGAGAAGUAUGGAUUUGGUGAUGAUGAGUGGUUGACAAGAAUGUAUGGGAUGAAAGAAAUGUGGGCAACUGCAUUUAUGAGGGACAAAUUCUUUGCAGGCAUAAGAACCACGUCAAUGUGUGAAGGGAUCAAUUCAUUCAUCAAGAGCUAUGUUCAAUGUAAAAACAGUUUGAUUGAUUUCAUUCAUAAUUUUGAGAGGGCUGUGAAGGAGUACCGACACAAUGAGUUAGUUGCUGAUUUUAACACAAUGUAUACAGAACCUUUGCCCACUACUUCCCUUGGUUAUAUUGAGCGAGGUUUCUCCCAUAAAUUGACAAGGAGCAUGUUCAAUGAAGUUAAAACUCAGAUUCAAUAUGUGGGUGGCUUAAAUAUUAUCCAAAGGACUGAGGUCAAUGAUGUGGUGAUGGUGAAGAUGAACAAGGCUUUGUAUGAAAGGCGUGAGUAUGUGGUGUUAUAUGACAAGAAUUCUUCAAAGUUUGUGUGUGAUUGUGGUCACUUUGAGUAUUAUGGAAUUCCUUGUUCUCACAUGAUAUGUGCAAUGAGAAAUGAGAGACUGGCUGAAGUUCCUGAUAGUCUUAUUUGUAAACGGUGGUCAAGGACGGCUAAGGUGGACUACAUGAAUCAGAUUAAUGACACUAUUACUGGCAAUGAUUCAAAGAAAUUGGCGAUGUUAAGGAGGGGUGUGCUUUCUGCUGCUUGCAACAUACUAAGUGAAAUAGCUUGUGAGAAUGUGAAUGAUUUCUCUCAAGUCUUGCAGGACAUAUAUAAGUUGGCUGACAGUGUUCAAAGGCGUAGGGUGGGAAACAAAACCAUCCGCACUGGACCAUUCUUGAUUGGUGAUCUCGCUGUGGUGAUCACAAAGGGCCGGAAGAAGAAAGGUGGGAAGAAGACAAGGUUAUGCUCAAGAUGCAGAAUGCCUGGUCAUACAAUUCGUACAUGCCCGGACAUGCGUGAGGGUCAAGGAGUUGGUUCACACGCUGCUGAUAUGAGUGAUUCAUCUAUGGAGCUUGAUGAUGUUGAUGAGGUAUUGCCAUAUAAUGUAACAAUGCCUAAAGUUGGUGGAAAAGGCAAAGGAAAAGGCAAGGAUCAGAUUGAUAAUGAAGCUUAUUCUCAAGAUUUGGAUUAUCCUUUUAUGACUCCUAUGACUCAGGACUUUUUUCAUCCUGGAAUGAACAACAUGGAUGGGUUCACUAUGUUCCCUCAAUUUCCUCAAUGUCAAAAUUUGCCAUCAUACUCUGGGAUUCGCAUAUGUGAACCUGGAUCUUCUACCCAAGUCCCAAAUUUUGUGGGUUACUUAAAUGAAGUUGAGCGGAGGGCCAAGGCUGCACGCAUUUAUGUUAGUGAAAGCAGUGGAGAAGAUUGA